GUUGUUUGACAAGUACCGUGACUUGGCUCCCCAAUUAGUGCCACAGGACUAUACCAAGAAACCCAGUGUGAAACUUCCCUAUGAACUCAUCGGAAGCAUGCCAGAGUUAAAGGACAAUCCCUUCCGCCAGCGAAUAGCAGAGGUCUUCUCAGAGGACGGGGAAGGCAACAUGACCUUAGAUGACUUUUUGGACAUGUUCUCAGUGAUGAGUGAAAUGGCACCUCGUGACCUCAAGGCCUAUUAUGCCUUCAAAAUCUACGACUUUAAUGAUGACAACUAUAUCUGCAAAUCCGAUCUGGAGAAGACUGUUAAUAAACUGACCCGCAAAGAACUGACCCCAGAGGAGGUGAGCCUGGUGUGUAACAAAGUGAUUGAUGAAGCCGACUUGGACAACGACGGCAAGUUGUCGCUGGAAGAUUUCCAGCACAUGAUAGUGAGAGCGCCCGACUUCCUCAGCACUUUUCAUAUUAGAAUCUGAUCAAAGACCUCACAGACCCUCCAAGAGAUGAACCUUUGUAUGUCUUCAAAAUCCCACUGCUUCCAAUGCUGAGCUGAAACAGGAUCAGCUCUCAGCUUCAAACAGUUCAAACCCUCUUAAUUGCAAGAGAGGAAGAAAUGCUCUAACAGCUUCCAGAAAGGACAAGGACAAUGAUUACCUUCCCUCUUAGUACAAAAUUAUGAAAUGGGAAUGAAAUUGAGAGGAUAAUUUUUUAACUUAGUAGUAGGAAUACAUUUUAUUUUAUUGUUGUAAGUCAGAAUUCUUAUCUGGAGUAUCUUUGCUUUCACCUGUUGAAUGGGUCAAACAAUUUCAGACAUUGGAAAACUAUGUCAAGCACCAGUAACUGCUAUUGGCUCAGAUAACUGUGUGUAUUAAGGACUCUGUUAGCACUAAGAGGCGGUGGUGGAGCCAGAUCUCACGCUCUGCGCUCAGGGAAGGAUGCUACUGUGAAUAUUACUGGGAUGGGCAAAAUGACACUGAAGAGAGUGUUCUGCACUGGGGACAGUGGUUCCUUCCAGGAUUAGGGU